AUGCAUGCAAAGGUUCCUAAUUUGGCCUUUUGGGCCUUCACAAUCGCUAUCUUACUGCAUCUGGGUUUGACAGCAAAUGCAGGUCCUGUUUCUUUCAAUGAUCUUAGCCCAAUCGAAAAACGUUCCGAUGGAUCCAAAAUCGAAAAGCGCUAUUUUGAUAACAAAAAGUUCGUUUACGAUUCCGGUGAAGCAACAAGUAAACGGUCUUCCAUUUUCCAAGAGCUCGCCUCUUCUUUCAAAAAGCGUUCGCCCAUCACUUGGUCGACAACCGGUCGAACAACAUAUUUCUUCGGCGCAAGUUGCAAUAACGGUGUCUGUCAUAAAGCCCGAUCGCUGGAAACAAAAUUGAAGGAAACACAAUUGAAGAAGCGUUCGCCAGUGCCUUCCAAUGUUGAAGAAUCAUCCGGGUCUGAAAUUGAGACGGGAUCAUUACGUCGUACAAUAGACGAUCUAGCCGAUGAAAUGACAUCUGUCUUGCUGAGUAGAAACCUCCCAUGGUUUGGUUCUAUGUUCAGAUGGUGGCCAGGUGCGCACCGUAGAAGGUAUGAAUCCGAUCUCGAUCAAGAAUCGACAGUCAUAUUAACAAAAAGGUGGCGUGCUUGGUUUUUGAAUCGCUUUAAGCCUGGCGGAAGAAGAAAAAGAAGUCUAGAGUUUGAAUCGGACGAAGCUUUGACAAGCAUAAUUACAAAAAGAUUAUUUCCUUGGUGGUUUAAUCGUUUUGCGCCUGCAGGCGGUGGUGCAAGAAGGGAAGAGUUUACCUCGGAUGAAGCCUUGACAAGCAUGUUGACAAAAAGAUGGCUUCCUUGGUGGAGUCGUUUCUUUAGUAGUGGUUCAGGAACAAGAAGGGAAGAACUUACCUCGGAUGAAGCCUUGACAAGCAUGUUGACAAAAAGAUGGAUUCCGUGGUGGCUUAAUCGUUUUGCGCCUUCAGGCGGUGGUGCAAGAAGGGAAGAGCUUACCUCGGAUGAAGCCUUGACAAAUAUGUUGACAAAGAGAUUAUUCCCGUGGUGGUUUAAUCGUUUUGCGCCUGCAGGCGGUGGUGCAAGAAGGGAAGAGCUUAUCUCGGAUGAAGCCUUGACAAGCAUGCUGACAAGGAGACUGCAAGCACCACCACGGUGGGUUCGUUCUUUGAGUGGAGCAAGGAAAAGUAGGGAUGGUCUAGCAUUUUACGAUGAAGAAUUGACGAAUGAUCAGAGGCGUUCAGGUGAUGAUGAAAGGAAUUUCCUUUUCACAGAACGAUGGGUAGCAGGCAUGGAUUCAGGUGACGAAUUGGUCGAGCAAGUCAAGCGUUCCCCAAUUCUUGGACCGUUGUUCAUGUACUGGACUAUCCCUAUUCGCAGAUCUUUUGAGGGCGAAUUACAAACUUUAAAACGUGAGCCAGUUCCUGCAGGUUCUUCCCAGUAUCGUCCAAACAACCAUCGCCGUUCCAGUGAAGCAGAGACAGAGCGUCAACUUCGAUCUGCAACAGAUCAACCUCAUCUUGUGAAACGCAAAGAACAAAUCAAAGAGGAAGAGGUGAAGCGUGAAAUCUCCUCCCUAUCUUCAGAGCAACAAUACGAGGAAAGUAUCGUUCGUUCCUUGAAUAGUGAAAAGCACAUGUUGGUCAAACGUGAGCCGGGGAAGGGGAAACCCACGCGAUAUCACUUUGGGCUUCCACGUCGUGCGUUGGACGAGAAAAGCGCAAAAGUCGAGAACUUGGUAAAACGAGAGCCGGUUUGGAAUCCCAAUCGAUAUGUCUUUGCGCCUCCCCGUCGUUCGUUGGAUGAGAAAAGCGCAAAAGUCGAAAACUUGGUAAAACGAGAGCCGGUUUGGAAUCCGAAUCGAUAUGCCUUUGCGCCUCCCCGUCGUUCGUUGGAUGAGAAAAGCGCAGAAGUCGAGAACCUGGUAAAGCGUGAGCCAAUUUUCAGAUACAAUAGGAAUAAUUUUGGAGGCGCUCCUCCAGUAAGUCGAUCGUCGGAGGAGGAGGAAAGCUUGGAAAUUCAAAAACGCCAGCCAGUUCAGGGUGGUUCAAAAGGGUACAAUUUUGGUCACAAACGUUCGUUGCAAGAAACGGCCUCAUCCGUAGAAGUACGUGAGCCAGCAUGGGCAAAACCAAAUAGCUACAGUUUUGGCGGUCGUGACUCUCGUGAAGCGCAAACAAGCAAAGGAAAACAAAUCAGUAAACGAUCACCAAUCUUCAGUGUGCACAGGUACAAUUUUGGCGGUCGUGAUUCUGAUGAAGGUGAGAGCAAGAUCGCUGAACGUGAGUAUGGCGAAGAAGCUGCCAAACGUGAAGUCGUUGAAAAGCAAGCUGGCAAUGACGAGCAAAUCAGCAGACGAUCACCCAUCUUUAUGCCAAAAGGUCCUGGUUACUAUGGGACUCAAAAAAAUCAGCCCACUAAGAGGGAGGAUUCAGAUGGUGCUAAAAGAAGGAACGUAGGUCAAACAAGCGAAGUUUUGGCAAAUGCCAACGUCAAACGUGAAAUUUUUGAUUCACAAGCUGGUAAUGGAGAGCAAGUAAGCAAACGUUCACCAAUCUUUAAUCCUAAAAGUCAUGCGUACAUGGGCUUUAAUAAAGUAUCUAAAAAUUUGAAAACAGAAAAUCAGAAUGAUCCUUAA